CCUCCGCGGCGCAGGCAAUUUGUAGCUAAUGGCGGGUCCUUGGUCUCAGGCUUGUUGCAAAAGAUGCUCCUCUACUAGCUGUGCGUGUGGCGACAAGGGCAAGUGGAGCAACUCCUCGCUCUUAGGCAAGCGGCUCUCAGAAGACUCGAGCCGCCACCAGCUGCUGCAGAAGUGGGCAAGCAUGUGGAGCUGCGUGAGCGGGGACGCGUCGGUGGCCUGCACGGAAAGGACGCCGCGCGAGGAGGCUGCGGAGCCGGCGGAGGAGGAGGACAGGCCGCUGGUGUUUCUGUGCUCUGGUUGCCGGCGGCCGCUGGGCGACUCGCUGAGCUGGGUGACGAGCCAGGAAGACACCAACUGCGUCCUGCUGCGCUGUGUUUCCUGUAAUGUUUCUGUGGAUAAGGAACAGAUACUAUCCAAACGUAAAAAUGAAAAUGGUUGCAUCCUGGAGACUUUGUACUGCGCAGGAUGUUCACUCAACCUCGGCUACAUAUACAGAUGCACACCCAAGAAUCUAGACUACAAGAGGGACUUGUUCUGCCUCAGUGUUGAAGCCAUUGAAAGUUAUGUUUUAGGGUCCUCUGAAAAGCAAAUUGUGUCAGAAGAUAAAGAGCUUUUUAAUCUUGAAAGCCGAGUUGAAAUAGAAAAAUCUCUAAAGCAGAUGGAAGAUGUUUUGAAAGCAUUGCAAACAAAGCUUUGGGAGGUUGAAUCAAAAUUGCCCUUUACCAGCUGCAAAAGCUGAAAUCUGUUCCAAGUCUCCCGUUCUGGAGUCCUUCGCUGAUGGACAGUUGUUUCACGUGUAGCAAUUCUUGUUAUAAUUUACUUCACUUAGAACUGAAAGAAUUCAAA